AUGGUGAGGGACGACUUGUACAUAACGGUGCCGAGCUACUUCCGGUGUCCGAUUUCGCUCGACGUGAUGAAAUCCCCCGUCAGCCUCUCCACCGGCGUCACCUACGACCGCUCCAGCAUCCAGCGCUGGCUCGACUCCGGCAACAACACCUGCCCGGCGACGAUGCAGGUCCUCGACACAAAGGAGUUCGUCCCCAACGCCAACCUCCACCGCCUCAUCCAGACCUGGUCCAGCCAAAACCGCCACAAUCCGCUCGACGACUCCUCGGCCGAGUCGGCAUCGCCGCUCUCCCCGGACAAAAUCCAGCUCGUCGUCAAGGAAAUCGGAGGCGAGGAGAAGGAAUCCGGAAGAAAUUGCUCCUUCGACGACCUGUCGAAAAUCGCGUCUUUUGCCGAGGAAUCCAGCGAGAAUCGGAGGUUCCUGGCGAAGAUGGACGGAUUCGUCGCAAUGCUCGCUGCUCUCCUGAUUCAUUCGGAUGACAAGGAUCUUUCCCCGCCGGUGGUGGAGCUUGCGGUUAGGGUUUUGGAUUCGGUGUCGACCGAAUUUGGGGAUUUUCACGAGCUGAAGCGAUUGUUACUGAUUCCAAAGGAGAAAUCCCCCAAUUCGCUGCCGCCGUCGCUCCUCCGCGUCAUGAAACAGGGGAGCAGCCGGCCGGAAUCGCGAAUCGCAGCGGUACGGAUCAUCCAAUCAAUCGCCAUCGACGCCGAAUCGAAGCUCGCUGUGGCGGAAAGCGACGGAUUACUGCUCCACCUGGUCAAUUCCAUCGCUCCACGGACCGAUCCGCCUCUCAUCGACGCCGUCCUCUCGUGCCUGAUCUCGAUCUCAAUGCCGAAGCGCGUGAAGCCGCAGCUCGUCCGCCUGAGAGCGAUCGGGAAGCUCCGCGAGGUCCUCAGAUCCCCGUCGGUCCCGGCCCCGACGGCGGAGAAGGCCCUGAAGCUGCUCGAGUCGGUCUCGUCGUGCCGGGAAGGGAUGGCGGAGCUGUGCGGGGACUCCGGCUGCGUGGAGGCGGUGGUGAGGAAGGCGAUGAAGGUGUCCGACGCGGCGACGGAGGUCGCGGUGACGAUACUGUGGACGGCGUGCUACCUGUUCAGGGACCAGAAGGCGGCGGACGCGGUGGUCAGGAGCAACGGGCUGACGAGGAUCCUGCUGCUGAUGCAGAGCAACUGCUCGCCGGCGGUGAGGGGGAUGUCGACGGACUUGUUGAGGAUUUUCCGGGUGAAUUCCAAGUCGUGCCUUUCUAGUUACGACACCAAGACCACCCACAUUAUGCCGUUUUGA